AUGGCAAACAGUGAUUGGAUUUUAUCUUACUCGUCUGGUAGAUGCGAAUACCUGAGAUUUGAAGGCUCUGAUCACCGUCCGGUUGUUACAUCCUUUUAUCCAAUGAAGAAAAAACAGCAUGGUAUUUUUCGGUUUAAUAGGAGAUUGAGAGAGAAUCCUGAGCUUAAAAAACUGGUAUUCAAGGCUUGUAAGGAGGCCCCGAACCAAAAAGUUGACUCUUUACUUCGCACCUGCAGAGAGUAUAUCAUUAAACGGAGUCAAUCCCAAGAGUUGAAUAGCCAAAAGAAAAUACUUACACUCAGGGACCAACUAGAGGAGGCAAUGUCAGAUGACACUGCUCCACAGGAAAGUAUUGACAUGCUAAAUAAAGAAUUACAUAUUGCUUACCAAAAAGAGGAAGCAUUCUGGAAACAGAGAAGCCGUAAUCUCUGGUUGGCCUUAGGAGAUAAGAAUACAGGAUUCUUCCAUGCUACAACAAAAUCUCGCAAUGCCUGCAAUAACAUCUUAGUUAUAGAAGAUCCUGAGGGUAGACCAGUGUUUGAAGAAAAAGACAUCGCCUCUACCAUAUCCAACUACUUCCAAAAGCGACAAACAGUGUCAACCGAGUUAUUCCGUUUCCAAUAG